GUAAACACCUUAUUUGCCACUUCGUAUCGGUUGCUUCAAGACAGCAAACGUGUGAACAUGAAAAACAAAGUGUACAUCGUCGGAGUUGGUGUUAGUAAAUUUACUAAGCCUAGCAGUACUUCUUGCUUGGUGUAUUCAAAGGAAGCUAUUGUGGACGCUCUUGCAGAUGCGAGGAUCACUUACGAAGACCUAGAGCAAGUAUUCGUUGGGUAUACCACAAGCCCAUGCAGUGCCGAUUCCUGUUAUGGCCAGAGGAUAUGCUACGAAAUCGGUAUGACAGCCAUACCCAUCCACAACGUAAAUAAUAAUGGUGCUACAGGAGCAACGGCUAUAUUCUUAGCUGCCCAACUAAUACAAGGAGGGAUUAUAGAUGUAGCAUUGGCGCUAGGAUUUGAGAAGAUGACGCCUGGAGCUCUCAAGUCUAAAUACACUGAUAGAAGUCUGCCAGGAAUAUUACAAGCCCAAAAAAUGAUGGAGCUCACUGAACUAUCCAAUGCUCCGGUCCCUGUCCAAUUCUUCGCAAAUGCAGGUAUCGAGCAUAUGCAAAAGUACGGCACUACUGAAGUACAUCUGGCGAAAAUCGCAGCGAAAAACUAUAAGCAUGCAGCAAGGAACCCUAGAGCUAUCAGUGACAAGGAGUAUACUGUUCAAGAAAUUCUGGAAUCCAAGAAAAUACACGGACCAGUGACGUUACUGCAAUGCUGCAGGAAUAGUGAUGGAGCGGGCGCAGUGGUAAUCAUGUCAGAAAACGCUGUCAAUAAAUAUAAUCUUUUGGAUAAAGCAGUGGAAAUUGUUGGUAUGGAGCUUGCUACUGAUACGGCUGAUGUCUUCACUGAUAACAGCCUGAUGAAGGUAGCUGGGUAUGGAAUGACUUGUCUAGCUGCUCAACGCUUGUAUCAGAAGACAGGAGUAUCUCCAAACGACAUUGAUGUAGUGGAACUCCACGAUUGCUUUGCUCCAAACGAGCUGAUAACUUAUGAAGGUCUUCAGCUGUGUAAGGAGGGGGAAGCUGGGAAGUUUAUUGAUGCUGGGGAUAAUACCUAUGGGGGGAAAGUGGUGGUGAAUCCCAGCGGUGGGCUGAUUGGGAAGGGGCACCCAAUUGCAGCGUCUGGUGUGGCCCAAUGUGCUGAGCUGGUGUGGCAGUUGAGAGGAGAUGCUGGAGCAAGACAGGUCCCCAAUGCAAAGAUAGGCUUGCAGCACACAUUGGGAUUGGGUGGAGCUACGGUGGUGGGAUUGUACAGAAAAGUAAUGAAGAACAAUACCUCUUAAACUUAUCCGUUGGAAAGUUUAAUGAUAACUCAAAGUCAGCUAAUACCAUUGAAUAAAGAGUAGCUGCAAUGCCCCUAAGACUCCAGGAAAAUGACUGUACGUACAUGGACGAUACUCGAGAUAAAUAAUAUCAUUUUAGUGGACUCUUGAAUCUAUAAUAUUAGUUAGUGCAGGCAGAGAUACCUAGUAUCCGCUAGGUGUACACAUCCCAACACAUCCCAACACAUUAUCGUAUCUCGGAGGGGCAUCUUCGUGUUGGAUCUGUAUCCCCAUGAACGCCUUCCAAAAGGACCCUCCGCGCCGUGCUUAUCCACAGGAGAGAUACAAAAUAAUAAUCUAUACUUAUAAUAAAUCUGUAGAGAGGUCAAUUCUGUACAUGAAAUAUAUUUUCAAAAUAACUA